AUGAGCUCUUACUUUGUAAACUCGUUCUCGGGGCGCUACCCGAACGGCCCCGACUAUCGGUUACUCAAUUAUGGGGCCGGCAGUUCGGUGAACGGUUCCUACCGAGAUCCAAGCACCAUGCACUCCAGCUCUUACGGCUACGGCUACAAUGGCAUGGACCUUAGCGUCAACCGCUCGGCCUCCUCCUCCUCCUCCUCCUCCUCCUCCUCCUCCACCUCCUCCACCUCCUCCUCCUCCUCCUCCGGCCACUUCGGGGCUCAGAGCUGCCGCGGUUUCCCUUCUCCAAGCCGGGAGAGCGGCUUUAGACAAGCGGCCGCUCGCUCCUCGUCCUCUCCUCCGGACUCUGUGCCCUGCUCCAGCAGCGAGGGCCGCGGGGCCGAGCCCGGCCCGUCCCCCUCGGAUGCGGCCGCCGCCUCCGGCGCUCGUUUCGCGGAACUGACCGGGACCGACGAGGGCGCUGCAGGGAGCGGCGGCAUCGGCCGAGCUCAGGCGGAGCCCGUCGGGAGCUCCGCGCCAGCGACACAAGGGCAGGCGCCUCAGAUAUUCCCCUGGAUGAGGAAACUUCACAUUAGCCAUGACACGCCGGGAGCGGACGGGAAGAGGGCGAGGACCGCGUACACCCGGUACCAGAGCCUGGAGCUGGAGAAGGAAUUCCACUACAGCCGCUACCUGAGCCGCAGGAGGAGGAUCGAGAUCGCUCACUCGCUGUGCCUCACCGAGCGCCAGAUCAAAAUCUGGUUCCAGAACCGCAGGAUGAAGUGGAAAAAGGACAAUAAACUUAAAAACAUGAGCUUGGCCUCGGCGGGCAACGCGUUUCAACCCUAAAAAACAAAAACAAAAACGAAACAAAAACAAAAAUUAACAACGAUUUAAAAAAAAAAAAAAGUUAAAAUAUUAUCAUAGCGAAUCUACAGGAGAGACGGGGGAGGAAAAAACAAAAAUAAAUAAUGAGGGGGGGGAGAAAAAAAAAAAAAACAAACAGAAAGGUGGUGGUGAAGAAGAGGUGAAGAAAAAAAAAAAUAAAAAAAAAAUUAAGAAACGGCCGCGGAUUUUUAGUUUUUGGAGUACUGUACAGUGAGGCACCUUCUUUUCGGCCUGCGGUUGAUUUAUCCUAAAAUAAUAAUACUAAUUAAUAAUAAUAAUAAUUAAUAAUAAUAAUUUCCCGCUCCUCUCGGUUAUCCCAGGACCUGAGCUCGUGUCGUGUUCUCCCUUUUUUGUUCGUUCGUUAAAAAAAAAAAAAAAAUGGGGAAAAAAAAAAAAACCAAAACAAAUAUUAAUUAAAUUUUAUUUCCAGAUGUUUUUCCUUGCUGUCGUUGUUCUUCUAAACGUGUGUGUCGGUGCUCCCGAUGCUUUCUGGAAAUGUGUUCUGUGAGACCUUUGAAUGUUCUAAUUUAUUUAUAAACCGAGAUCAGAUGCGCUUCUUUCUUUAUUUGGUGGUUUUCCCUUUUUUUUUUCCUUUUUUUUUCCCUCCCCCCCCCCUCAAGUUUCUCUUUUUUAUUUUUAUUUUUUUUUUUUUCCCACCCCCGCCCGGUGAGUUUAGCGCUCUUGGGUGAAUUUUUCACCCGAUUAAAAAAAAAUAAUAAUAAUCGGGGGUUCCUGCGCUGCAAUCGCGGAAGAAAAAAAAAAAAAAUUAAAAAAAAAAAAAAAGAAAAAGUUAAAAAAAAAAACAAAAAACCAAAAAUUGUAAAAAAGAGGGGGGGGAAAAAGAAAGAAAAGAAAAAAAAAACCAAAAUAAACAACAACAACAAAAAAAUCAGCUUGUAUUUUUCUGUCUUAAAAUUGUCCAGUCUGUGUUUUAGUCGGAACUCCGGGGAUUUCUAAUCCCGGCCUAAUUCGAAUUUCGCUGUUAAAAAAAAUAACAAAAAAAUUAAUAAUAGGUGAAAAAAAAAAAAUUAAAAUUUCUAUAAAAUCGGGAGAAAUCGACGCUGGAGUGUUCUGAUGUUUGUAAAUAUUAGAAAUAUUUCUGCCGUGAGUAAUGGGUGUUCUGUGUAAAAAAUGGAAUUUGUCACGUCUGGUUAAAGAAAAAAAGGUUGGUUUUUUUUUUUUUUUGUAUUUGUUUGUAGAUUUAUUCGAAUUUAAAUAAACGUUUUUUUCCUCCCCAUCCACCCCACCCCCGACUCACAAAGGCUCCAAGUCGCGUUUUUAUAAACCCGUCCCCUCCUGGGUAUCAGGAACGCCCCAAAAAUCACCGAAAAAUCACUGAAGUGUCGCCCAAAAAUCGCCUGAAAAUCGCUAAAAAUAUCGGCCAAAAAAAUCGCCCGAAAAUCACCAAAAAAUCAGCGAAAUAUCGCCCCAAAAUCAGCAAAAAAACACAAAAAAAUCGUCCCGAAAUCACCAAAAAGUCACCAAAUUAUCGGCCAAAAAUCGCCUGAAAAUUCACUAAAAAGUCACCAAAUUAUCGGCCAAAAAAAUCACCAAAAAAUCAGUAAAAUAUGGCUUAAAAAUUGCUCAAAAAUCAGCAAAAAAUCAGUAAAAUAUCGCUCAAAAAUCGCCCAAAAAUCAGCAAAAAAAGUCACCCAAAAAUCGCCCAAAAUCAGCAAAAAAAGUCACCCAAAAAUCGCCCAAAGUCACCAAAAAAUCAGUAAAAUAUCGCCCAAAAUUGCCCAAAAAUCAGUAAAAUAUCGCCGAAAAAUAGCCCAAAAAUCAGCAAAAAAUCCCAAAAAAAUCACCCAAAAAUCGCCCCAAAUCACCAAAAAAUUACUAAAAUAUCGCCCAAAAAUCGCCGGAAAAUCACCGAAAAAUCACCAAAAAAUCACUAAAAAAAUCGCCCAAAAAUCGCCGGAAAAUCACCAAAAAAAUCACUAAAAUAUCGCCCAAAAUUGCCCAAAAAUCACCAAAAAACCAGUAAAAUGUCGCCUAAAAAUUGCCCAAAAAUCACUAAAAAAUCAGUAAAAUAUCGCCCAAAAAUCGCCCAAAAAUCACCAAAAAAUCACCUAAAAGUCGCCCAAAAAUCACUAAAAAAUCAGUAAAAUGUCGCCCAAAAAUCGCCGGAAAAUCACCAAAAAAUCAGUAAAAUAUCGCCCAAAAUUGCCCAAAAAUCACCAAAAAAAUCACUAAAAAAUCGCCGGAAAAUCACCAAAAAAUCAGUAAAAUAUCGCCCAAAAUCGUCCAAAAAUCACAAAAAAAUCACCUAAAAGUCGCCCAAAAAUCACUAAAAAAUCAGUAAAAUAUGGCCCAAAAAUAACAAAAAAAAUCACCAAAAAAUCAUCCAAAAAUCACCCAAAAAUGACCAAAAAAUGACCCCAAAAUGACCAAAACUUCAGGCAAAAGUGACCCCAAAUGACCCAAAGAUGAUCCCAAAAUCGCGGCUCCCCCCGGGAUCCAACCGCGAGCUCCCCGCCCUCCGUCACCCCCAAAACCGCCCGGAUUCGCCCCAAAACACCAGAAGCUCUUUCCGCUCCCAAAGCUUUUAGUUUGAAUUGAUUUCUGAUUUUAUUUAUUUUUUAUUUCCCCCCCUCCCCUCUCCCGCCGCAUUCCCGAACGUUUCGGGGAUGCUCGGUAAAGGAGGGGGGUAAUGAAAAUGAAAAUGAAAAUA